UCAUCCUGCUAGAGAAGUGCGAAAAGUGUGCUGCCAAAUUUUCGAACCUGAAGUGAUGGAGAGCUAGGUUUGCCCGAUAACGAUUCCGGUAUGGUUAGCGUUGCUAAUCUGUUUAAGCUGGAUUUGUAUUUGCGCAGCUCUUUUUCUGAUCUGGGAGAGAAGGUGGACAUUUUUCACUAGUCUCUACUUUUUCUUCAUCUCACUCUCUACUAUCGGUCUCGGUGACGUUGUGCCAGAUCAUCCCCACAUGCUGAUCUUGAUGUUUUGGUUGGUCAUCGCGGGCCUAUCUAUUGUCUCUAUGCUACUUACGGUAAUACAGAUAAAAGUCGAGGAAUGCUUGUACAAUGUGGUGAAAAGAAUACAGGUCAGUUGUGUUAUUCAACAAAUUUUUUUCUCGUAUAUAAUGCUGAGAUAUUUGCAAAACUCCGAACCGCAGGUGUAUGCGGUGGGGAACGAACGCGCUAUUGUCCUUUACCGGAGAGUAGCGCACUUCACCACCACACCAGCCGGGUCCUUCGUUUUGCCUGCCUCUCAGCUAGUUCUAUCGAUCUUUUGCCAUCGAUCUUUUUCUAUUAUCAAAAAAAGCAUUUCGCAUGAGAAAUUUUAA